UGGGCGAUAUUGUAUCGAUAUUUGUAAAUAUCGAUAUUAAUGAAUUAAAAUAUCGAUAUAAAACAUCGAUAAUUCAAGUACCGAUAUUUUGGUAUAUCGAUACGAGAUUUGCUUAUAUCGGUUUUCGAUACGCCUUUUAUUACAAAGACAAAUUUUUUAUUUUAUAUACAUGGCGCAUGCGCCUCGAGCGUCGGCAUUAUAGUGACAAAAUGGUGGAUGUGGCCCUAAGGCCAUCUAGUGCCUACAGUUAACAUUAACGAUUAAUAUUACUGCGUUUAUUUUUAUAACCUCCUUUGGACAAAGACAAAGAGCCGGUUGUUUCAACACUUCUAACUUUUGGGUAAGUUUUAUCUGACAAAUAGCAUGUCUUCGUCUCUUUUUACAAUUUUUCUUAAAAAGAAGCAAAUUUUAGAAACUAACAAUUUUUAUUAUUUUGCAUUUAACUGUUCUUUGCUUGUGUAUAGCUAUUAAUCAAAAAAUAAUUAUUUGCAUGUGAUUAAUGUGUUCGUUUUACUUUUUCAGUAUUGGUUGGUUUGGUGUGAAGUGAAGUCCUAAUUUUCGUCAGAAUAUAUCCUUACUUUACAUUUCUUCUAUCUCUUUUAACUAUAAAAAAUGCCGCCAAAGAGUACUUUUUGGAAACACUUUAUAAAAAGUUUGGGAGGCGCAAAAUGCAAUGUGUGCCAACAAUUUAUAAAAACCAGCGGAAACACAACCAAUUUGCGAUUUCAUUUAAAACGAAAGCAUCCGGACCUUUGUAAUAUCAAAAUGACAAGCGCUUCUGAUGAGUCACAAAAACGGAAAGAAAUAUCAAGUGAAGGUGAAGAUAUUGCAUUGUAUGAAGAAGACAACGAUGAAGAAUUAACGUUGUCUCCGUCAACAAGUUCAUCAUCUACAUUUAGAAAUACACUAAAAUACAAGAGAAAACAACCGAAACUUAUAGACGCCUUUUCAAAACAAAAGUCAUUCCAAGAUGGAGGAUCUAAAGCAUCGGAAAUCACAAAUAAACUCGUAUUUAUGAUAGCAAAGGACAAUAUGCCUUUGUCUACAGUGGAGAAAGAAGGCUUUCAGAUUUUUAUAAAAUGUGUGAGUCCCUUAUACACCAUUCCAAGUAGAAAAGUGAUAACGUCUCUAAUUGAAGAAAAAUAUGUUUAUUUAUCAAAUUUAAUAAAAGAGCAAUUAUCUAAUGUAGAGGACAUAGCGCUUACGACAGACAUUUGGACUGAUGUAAAUACAAAAAGUUACCUCGGAGUAACCGCACACUAUCACAUAAAUAAUAAUAAAAAAACUGUUAUGAUAGGAGUCACUAAAUUAAAUGAUAGGCACACAUCUGAUAAUAUAAAAGAGUGGUUGCUCGAUAUAGUUGAGAAAUGGAGUAUUUCAUUGCAACGUAUAGUUGUUGUUGUUUCUGAUAAUGCGUCCAACAUAAAAAAAGCUAUAAUAGAAGGUUUUGGUGAAGAAAAAUAUUUAGCUUGUUAUGCGCAUACAUUGAAUUUGGUUCUUGCUAAAAUUAUAGAAGAAGAUGAAAUUGUAAGUUCAUUAUGUAAAAAAGUCAAAUCUAUUGUAACUUUCUUUAAAAAAAGUGUAGUUCUUUCAGAUUUAUUGCGAGAACAUUCCAAUCUAACAUUAAUUCAAAGCGUUGACACGCGGUGGAAUUCCACGUUUGAUAUGCUUCAUCGAUUCAUCCAAUUAUCCGACAAAAUUGGAUUGAUUCUUUUACAACAUCCUACAGCUCCACCAAUGUUAUCGGCAUUAGAAUUGCAAACUAUAAAAGAAUUUAUGCAAUUGUUGGAACCAUUUAAAACAGCAACAACUAUAUUUUCUGGUGAAAUGUAUGUUACUGGCAGUCAAGUUAUACCGAUAAUACACACAUUAGCAAAUCAGUUAGAAUCAUGCAAACCUAUUAGUGAAGUAGGGUGUUAUAUAAAAAAAGUUUUGAUACAAGAAUUUAAAGCACGAUUUAAAAAUAUUGAACAUAAAUCUCUCAUUGCGAUUGCUACUAUUCUAGACCCUAGAUUCAAAAAAAUCAUUUUGUAGAUAGAAUUGCAUGCUGUCAUGCAAUAAAUAAAAUAACAGAUAUGUUAAAUAUUGCUACUAAAAAUAAUGCACACAAAGAGAAGGAAAAUAAUUUUCAUUCUGAUUCUGUAUAUCAAAACAAUUCUUUUUGGGCUUAUCAUGAAACAUUAAUAAAAGAAACGAAACAAUAUGUUUCUUCUAAUACAAACAAUGAAAUGCCUGAUGAGUUUAAAUAUUAUCUUAAUCAGAUACCCAUUGAUAUCGCUGAAUGUCCGUUAAAA